AUGGGCGGGGAGACCAACACCAACAUGGCUUCCAUCAUGAAGACGGACUACCCAAAGAUGGCCCGAGCUCCCGUCGGCAAGCAGAUCCAUAGUAUCUAUCUGGACAGGCUGAGGCAGUUUACCAGCGGCGGCCAGUAUGAGAAACAGAGUCUACUCGAUAAGCUCUACGAGGGCCGCGCUUCCGGCUCGCCCCACGUCAAGCUCGAGGUCUACUCCCCGCCAGACCUCUCCCGUCCAACCUUCAAAGACGCCACGUCCAAGGACUUCACCCCUACAAACGUCGGCGCCUCCUUCGGUCCAUCUUGGUCAACCCACUGGUUCCGCAUCACUCUCGCCAUUCCCUCCUCCCUAGCACAGCACUCACACCUCGAGUUCCAUUGGGAUGCCAACAACGAGGGUCUCAUAUGGACGGAACACGGCCAUCCAGUUCAUGGACUAACUGGCGGAGGGGAGAGGACGGAAUGGAUUCUUCCCGAGGACUGGAAGGAUGGGAAAGACCACGUGUUUUACAUCGAGAUGGCUUGCAAUGGCAUGUUCGGGAACGCUCCUGGCGGUGACACUAUCCAGCCGCCCAAGCCAGACAAGUACUUCCAGUUGACGAAAGCGGAUAUCGUGGCGGUUAAUCUCGAAGCAAGAGCGCUCUCUGUAGACUUCUGGAUCAUUGGCGACGCUGCAAGGGAAUUCCCACAGGAUUCUUGGGAAUCGCACCAAGCGCUUCAACUUUGCAAUUCAAUCAUGGACGCCUUUAUCGCCGGCGAGGGCAGCAAAGAAUCCAUAGUAGAGUGUCGCAAAAUUGCGCAAAGGUAUCUAGGCGACAAGGUGGACUCCCCCGACGUUUAUUCCACCGACAAUGAAGCCAUCGUCAGCGCCAUCGGCCAUUGCCACAUUGACUCCUGCUGGCUUUGGCCAUGGGCAGAGACAAAACGCAAGGUAGCCCGCUCCUGGUCCAACCAAUGCGAUCUCAUGGACCGCUACCCCGAGCUCCGCUUCGCCUGCUCGCAGGCGCAGCAGUACAAGUGGCUGGAGGAACUCUACCCGUCCACCUAUGACCGCGUGAAGGACAAGGUCAAGGAAGGAAGAUUCCACCCCAUCGGCGGCAGCUGGGUCGAGCACGACACCAACAUGCCGAGCGGGGAGUCGCUGGUCCGACAGUUCCUCUAUGGCCAGCGCUACUUCGAGAGCAAGUUUGGCCAGCGAUGCACUACGUUCUGGCUACCGGAUACUUUCGGCUACUCGUCGCAAUUGCCGCAGGUAUGCCGCCUUGCGGGUAUGAGCCGCUUCUUUACGCAGAAGCUGAGCUGGAACAAUAUCAACAAUUUCCCACACACGACUUUCAACUGGGUCAGUUUGGAUGGCAGUCAGGUGUUAUGCCACAUGUGCCCGGCGGAGACGUAUACUGCGGAAGCACAUUUUGGAGAUGUUAAGAGGAGUGUCACACAGCACAAGUCUCUAGAUCAGGAUGCGACAUCUCUACUGGUUUUCGGGAAGGGUGACGGAGGCGGUGGUCCGACAUGGCAACACAUCGAAAAGUUGAGAAGAUGCCGCGGUGUCAGUGAUACUGUCGGUUUGCUGCCGCGUGUCAAGAUGGGCGAAUCAGUCGACGACUUUUUUGCGCGGUUAGAGAAGAAGGCGGAAGAGGGCACGGAGUUCGUCACAUGGUACGGUGAGCUGUACUUCGAGCUGCAUCGAGGAACAUACACCACGCAGGCCAACAACAAGCGAAACAACCGGAAGUCUGAGAUCCUGCUACAUGAUAUCGAAUACUUGGCUACGCUCGCCAGCAUCAGAGACCUUGCAGAUGGGAAGAGAUCAAGCUACAAGUACCCGAAGAAGGAGAUUGAUGAUAUGUGGGAGGCUGUGCUACUGUGUCAGUUCCACGACUGCUUGCCAGGAAGCUCGAUUGAGAUGUGCUACGAUGACUCGGAUGAGCUCUACGCGAAAGUCUUCACCACAGGGGAAAAGGUUCUUGAGGACGCCCUCUCCGCACUCGGAUUCGAUAAAGAUGGCAAAGAUGGCAGCCUGUUAGCGCUCAACACCCUCCCAUGGUCCCGCACUGAGCUCGCCAACCUGCCUAAAGAACCGAACACUCCGCGCUAUGGGAUGGCGCACGGCGCAACUGGCCUCAUGGACGUCCGUCCCCUUGCUUCUGCUCUUCCCGCCGCCACCGCAACGCUCAAGCAGCUCGAAAAAGGUGUGUACGAAAUGUCAAAUUCCCAGUAUAAAGUCAAGAUCACCGAAGGCGUCAUCACCUCCCUCUAUGACAUAGCUGCCAAGCGCGAGGUCAUUGCACCAGGCGGCAAGGCAGGACAGCUCGUCAUCUUCGAUGACAAGCCUCUCUACUGGCAAGCCUGGGAUGUGGAGGUGUACCAUCUGAACUCACGCAAAGAGCUACCAUCCCAAAAAGUCAGCGUUCUGGAGUCUGGCCCACACAAGGCCUCCUUGUUAGUGGAAACGCGGGUCAGCAAGGAUAGCUGGGUUAAGACGACCAUCUCCCUCUCCGCCGCCCUCAACAACCAACCCUCGUACGUCGAGUUCUCAAGCGAAGUGGAGUGGCGCGAGACGAUGAAGUUCCUUAAGGUAGAGUUCCCAGUGGACGUGGUGAACACGGAAGCGAGCUACGAGACGCAGUUCGGCAUCGUGAGACGGCCCACGCACUACAACACCUCCUGGGAUAUGGCUAAGUUCGAAGUGUGCUGCCACAAGUGGGCUGAUCUAAGCGAAGCUGGGUACGGAGUUAGCGUGCUCAACGACAGCAAGUACGGAUUUGCGACUUGUGGAAACCUGAUGAGGUUGAGUCUGCUGAGGGCACCGAAGGCGCCGGAUGCGCACGCUGAUAUGGGACGCCAUCACAUACGCUACGCGCUUCUCCCUCAUUCUGGACCCCUUUCUUCCACCACCAUCAAGACCGCGUUCAACUUCAACAACCCGUUGAAAGUCUACUGCCACCCCUCACCAUCCGUCAUAGCGCCGCUCCUGGGCGCUUUCCGCAUUACUGGCUCAGACACACUCGUCCUUGACACUAUCAAGCGCGCCGAAGACGACGAGGAUGUAUCCAGGGGCGAACUGCCGAGGAGAAAAGGCAGGAGUGUUGUGUUAAGGAUUUAUGAUGCCAUGGGUGGCAGAACUAGGGGAAGGGUGGAGUGGGGAGAUCUUGAUGUCAAGAAGGUCUUCAAGUGCAACCUUCUGGAAGACGAUUUGGAAGAGGUAGAGAGUGGGAAGGGCGGGAUGGAUAUAGUGGUGGGAACGUUUGAGGUUGUGAGCUUCAGGCUCAUUUUGGAGUAA